AACAACCACCAAGAACCAACCACCAACCAACAAAAACUAGGAAAUGACGAUCAGCAAUACUCUCCUACAGGAACCAUCAUCAUCAAACGAACCAGGAGAACUACCAGCAAGACUACUGGCAAUAGCAACACUGCAGAUCCUAGCAAACUCAACCCAAUUCACAUCUGUCAGACCACUCUCACUCUCAACCCUCACCGAUGUAGCAGCUGGAUACCUAGAACUCAUCGCACAGGCCGCAAGAAACACCGCAGACCACUCGGGAAGAACUCAGAUCAACGGAUGGGACCUAUCCACUGUACUCGAGAACUUGGAAGGCCCUGGGGCGAUCUCCGGAUUACAGAACUGGUGUAUCGAUAACCUAACAACAACAACUAGUCAUCAAUCUCAGAAACAACCAGUCGAGAAACUAGUCAAGCUAGCCAAGAACCUCAAAGAAUUCACUCACACCCCUUCAAUAGAACCCAUCACCACCCUAUCAUUCCUCCCACUCACAGAUGCAGAGAUCCUCGAACUCGAUCGCGCCGGAGAAUCUGACCUCGAGGAGCAGGACCAUCCAAGCCCAUCCUACAGCUCAUCCGACUCAUCACAGCAAGACUCUGAUCUCCCCCACGAUCCACACUCCAACAAGAAUCUCGCCACCUCAACAACAACAACCACUCAACCGACCACACUCGAUCAGAUCUCACCCUGGAGAUCCAUCGAGGAUAUCCCCGCCUACGUCCCUGCUCACUUCCCACCCUUCCCUGGCUUAGAACGAGCCUCGGGUAGUAGCCAGACCGAUCCGCCUCCGAUCGAUCAUCCAAACCCAAUCCCCACAUCCCCUACCAUCGAGCCCCUUGACCAACAACUGAACCCCUCAAUCAAUCUCAACCCCUAUCUCGUCGCCAUCCCGUUCUCCAAAUCACAAUUAGCCGAAAGCCAUGGUCCAUCAUUCCUGGAACCUCAAGCCCCGAUCCACUCUACUCCAUCCUUCGUCGACCCAGUAAAUCGAUCGAAAGAAAAGGAAGCAGAAGAAGAAUCACCUUCACGUAAGAAGGCGAAACGAUCGAAUUCGAUGGAUGGAUUCCUACAGACCUAUGCAUACAUGGUCGAGGAGAAGAAGACGACGACGAACAACAACAACAACAAGGGAGGGACCGAGGAGGCGAAGUUCAUGAAGCGGAACCCGGUGCGACAUCGGUUCAUAGCUGGAGAGCAGACGAUGGCAGUGCCCGACAGUCUGAUCGGGACGAUCCCGGUGAGUCCGAUCCGGACCAACCGCUGGUCGGCGGGCUGGAUCCCGCAUCCGCCGAGCCAAGACGGGCGACUGUUGCCGGUGCCCGAGCUGAAGCCGUUCGGCCACACCCCCUUGCCGGCCCCGGUCACCAUGCCCGUCCCGAUCCAGUUCCCCGCCUGUCCGCCGUUCCAUCAGCCCUACCCACGCAUCCCCGACCUCAUCCCUCGUCUCUUCCAACGCAUCGGACAGCAGGCCAGGGCCGAACGAUUCACACUCGUCAGUCGGAUGACUCGGCUCGGGCCCCCCUCGGAACUUGGCGAGGCGGGUGAACCGUUACCUUAUCGGAUCAAGGACCUCAAUAAGAUCGACCCACCCAAUCAAAAUAAUACCUCCUCCACCAGCGCCCAACAACCGAAAUACAUCGAAUGGGGAUUCCAUUGGCCUCCGCAUGAAGGCCGCGACCCGCUCCCGCAACCCAAACCUCUCCUCCCGGACUCCUUCAAACCGCCAGAGUUCCCCGGGAUGCCGAAAACUACCGCAGAGAAAUUGCGGAUCGUCCAGAGAGAAAAAGAGCUCCUGGCUGGCACCCAUGUCGCCCUCAAUCCGUCUUCUCAGCUCGUUAAUCUUCCUCCUCCUCCUACUGCUGCUCCCUCUGGGUCCGGUCCUAUUAUAGAAGACGUCAUCUAGAUCCAUUCAUUUCUCUUUUUACUUAUUCUUUUUUUUUCGAAUUGUCAAUCACGGGACUCUUCUUUUUCUUUUUAAUAAUAAUGAUACAACGUUUUUUUCCCUUUGUUUGUUGGUGGGUUCUUUCUACUCUUUUUCUUUUGAAAGAUGUAAAUAAGUAUUUAUGUACCAGUUGUGUGUAGAUCUUUCUUUUCUUUUUUUUUUUUUAAUAACCAAGUUAUCACAUAUUUUUUUU